AUGCCUCCCAAGAAAGCUGUUGUACAAGAGAAGGUCCUUCUGGGCCGUCCAGGAAAUAACCUGAAGAGCGGUAUCGUUGGUCUUGCCAACGUCGGUAAAUCGACGCUCUUCCAAGCCAUUACCAAGUCCAACUUGGGUAACCCGGCCAACUUCCCCUAUGCCACCAUUGACCCUGAAGAGGCGCGUGUCAUCGUCCCUGAUGAGCGUUUCGACUGGUUGUGCGAGCACUACAAGCCCAAGUCGCAGGUUCCUGCCAACUUGACGGUCUAUGAUAUCGCCGGUCUGACUCGUGGUGCCUCUACCGGUGCUGGUCUCGGUAACGCUUUCUUGUCCCACAUUCGUGCCGUCGAUGCCAUCUUCCAGGUCGUGCGUUGCUUCGAUGAUGCUGAGAUUAUUCACGUCGAGGGUGACGUCGAUCCCUCUCGUGAUCUGAACAUCAUCAGCGAGGAGCUCCGGGUCAAGGAUAUUGAAUUCGUUGAGAAGGCUCUGGAGGGUUUGACGAAGCAGACGAAGCGCGGUGGACAGUCCUUGGAGAUGAAGAAGCUGCGCGAGGAGGAGGCCACUGUUGCCAAGGUCCUCGAGCACUUGAAGGCCGGCAACGAUGUCCGCAAGGCCGACUGGAGCCCCAAGGAGGUUGAGGUCAUCAACCCCCUCCAGCUCCUUACUGCUAAGCCCGUUGUCUACCUAGUCAACCUGAGCGAAAGAGACUAUGUUCGCCAGAAGAACAAGUACCUCCCUGUUGUCAAGAAGUGGAUCGAUGACAACUCUCCUGGUGACCCUCUGCUCCCCUUCUCUGCCUCUUUCGAGGAGCGCCUCACCCAGUUUGAGACUGAGCAGGAGGCCCUCGAGGAGUGCAAGAAGUUGGAAACCAAGUCUGCUCUGCCCAGGGUGAUCACCACCAUGCGUAAAUCGUUGAACUUGGCCAGCUUCUUUACCACUGGUGCCGACGAAGUCCGCCAGUGGACCAUCCGCAAGGGUAUCAAGGCCCCUGCUGCUGCCGGUGUCAUUCACACCGACUUCGAGAAGACUUUCAUCCAGGUCAUUGUGUACAACUAUGCUACUCUGCGUGAGUACGGCGAUGAAGCCGCCGUCAAGGCCGCUGGUAAGGUCAUGACCAAGGGUAAGGACUACGUCGUUGAGGACGGUGAUGUCCUCCUGAUCAAGGCUGAGAUCCCCCCGAGCAAUCGCUCAAAAGUGAAGUCUAGCGUGCAGCGCGGCCUCCGCCAACGCUUUGUUGAAGCAUACCCAGGCUUCGAACCUUACAUUGAUGAUAUCCUGCCGAAGAAAGCUCAGCUCGAUGCUAUCAAACUCCCCGAAAAAUGCACCCUCUACACAAUCGACUCCACACCCCUCUUCUACCAACCCCAAGACGGCCCUCCCAUCCCCCACCUAAAACUCCUCCACCAAUAUCCCACCGCCCUACCAACCGUUCAAAUCGACCGUGGCGCGAUCCGGUUCGUGCUAUCCGGCGCAGCGCUCAUGGCACCCGGAUUAACGAGUCCCGGGGGCCGGUUACCGGAGAAAGAGAAUGCGUUGGAGGCGGGACAGGUGGUUGCUGUUAUGGCGGAGGGGAAGGAGACGGCGUGUCUUGUGGGGACGUUGAAGGUGGGCACUGAGGAUAUGAAGAGUAAGGGGAAGGGGGUUGUUAUGGAGGAUGGACAUUAUCUUGGGGAUGGGUUGUGGAAGAUGCAUCUUGAUUGA